UUCUUGUCAAUGUCAAUAAUUUGUUUUAUUUUGAUUUUUGAAAAUUCUGUAAUAAAUAAAGUCAUCCAGACAACAAACAAACAAUUCAAAUAGAAAUGCAGGUAGUUGGUCUAACAUGGGAAAUAGUUGCUGCCAAGAGACCAGAAGAGUAAAAAGACAAACCAUAUCACUACUCCUAGUAGGUUUAGAUAAUGCUGGUAAAACUGUUGCUGCCAAAGGCCUAGCAGGACAACCUAUAGACUAUCCCAUUCCAACCAUUGGCUUUUCCGCUAUAGAGCUAAAAUAUCUGCAUUAUAACGUUAAAAUCUUUGAUUUAGGUGGGAGUCGCAACAUUCGAGGAAUAUGGCACAAAUAUUUUGUUGAUGUGCAUGGAGUAAUUUUUGUGGUUGAUUCAUGCGAUUCAGAUCGCUUCCAAGAGGUGACAACAGUUUUAGAGGAAAUCUUAAGUAGUGACAAGAUCACUGGAAAACCCCUACUUAUUCUGGCUAAUAAGCAAGAUCAAGAAAGUGCCUUUGAUGAAAUUGACAUAAUUGAGUGCCUUAAAAUUGAGAAACUCGUCAAUAAGUACAAGUGUCCUACUUUAGUACAAAGUUGUUGCGCAAACGAGAUAAACUAUAAAAAACCUGACCAAGGAAUAAAAGAAGGAUAUCAAUGGAUUAUAAACCAUAUACACAACAAUUAUGAGAGACUUAACAUAAGAGUUACAAUGGACAUAUUAGAACAGGAAAUCAAAAAUAAAGAAGAGAUGAUCGAACGCAUCCAACGAAUCAGGGCCGAAAGAGCCGCCUUAGAAAACAUUGAAGACCCAGACGCGAUUCAGACAAUGUCAGAGUACGAAUCUCAAAUGAGCGCUGAAAAUAGCCAAAUAAUUAAACCCAUUAAAGACUUAGAUGUGAUAGAUUUCUACCCUAAUCCAGAAGAGAGUGAACAGAUUGAUAAUAGUACCUCAGAUUCUUCAAUAACAUUCCCAGAAAUCUACCACGUUCGAGAUUAUUCCACGGAAAAAGAGAGGCCAAAAAGUGCUGUACAGUUUGUAAAGCACCAGUUACAAAUGAACAAGGAAAUGAGACGCUCCCAAAGCGCCAAAGUGAGGAGGAAUAAAACUGGACCUUCUAAGAUAGUUCCAUCAAAAGAAUUUCUUCCAAUUGAGAAUAACGUUAUCGAAGUAACUCCCUUAAGAUUGCCCAGAAAUGUCAAAACUGCUAAUGAAAGGAUAUUUACCAUAAGUGGCAAUUCUGUGGGGCCAGGUGGUGAUUUUUAUGCCCCUCAUACAUCAAGAGAGAGGUUUGAUAUAGAGACUAAAAAAUUGCCUGCUUUAAGGGUAAAAAGUAAAGCCCAAAUAAAUAGGGAGGAUAAUAUGAAUGGUAUUUGUGUAGUUGAUGUUGAAUGACACUAAAUAAUUUUAUAUAACGUUAAUACAAUUUUUUUCGAUUUAAAACAAUAUGGUACAAAGUGGUAGUACUAAAAAAUAGUAUUAUCGUAAGUAUUGUUGAUGUUUAAAGGAUAAGGAUCUCACUACUGUAGAGGAAAUGAUCUAGUCAAUAGUGAUUUUUAUAUUUUUGUAAGGUUGCACAAUUUAUUAUUCGUUACAUUUAAUAAAAAAAUAUUUAAAAAUA